UGUAGUAGUAUUGCAACAGGUUUUUGUGUGAGGAAUCCCGGGUCCUGCGCUCAGUAGGAAACUCACCAUAUAUGGUCAAUGACGUCACCACGCAGUACGCUUCGUGAGAGAUUCCAGACAACACUAUUUCCCGUAACUACGGAGGGGCGUGGUGGACCUAUAGCGCCGCUUUAAGAGUUUACAACCUUACACUCAUUCCCAGACUUUGGCUUCUAGGUGUAUGACUAAGGAUGAGAGGAUGUACUGAAAGUCGUUUUCGGAGGUUUUAGGGCGAUUUGAAAAAAAGCGAGGCGAUAUUUUCUUCCUUAUCCCCCCUUGAAGACGUACCCGUUUGGACUCUACCGCUUUACCGCAAUAAGGUGGGCAUACCCAGAGUUUGAAUUGACACGAGACUCAACCCGAAAGUUAUUUCGUGAGACCUGAAGGCUUUAUAGCCCCAGCUGGCUCCAGUUUUAUUUCCAACAGAAAGGAUGUAUCGAAACUUUGGGAGUCAAGGGAGAGGCAACCCGGCGUACACAGGCAGCGCCUCUCAGUCUAACUCUGUAUCUCUGGGAGGCACCAGCACUUCAACUACACAACAAGAACAGGUCACAAUGGCUGGCAGCAGUCAGUUCGUACCAAGCCUCAAUGCCAUCACAACCAACCAGGACCUCCAGUGGUUAGUCCAGCCCUCCCUCAUGCAUCAGCCGGGCCCUUCACGAUCUCCAAUACCUCCUUACCCAAGCCUCUCAGGGGCACUGCCGCUGGGUCCGCCACCUUCCCACUCCCAUCUUCUCAGACCAGGGGUCAUAAGAGCAGCUGCAAACACUACAGAUCCGACAAGGCGCAGGAACGAUGAACAUUUAUCUCAGGAAGAGAUUGAAAGGCGUAGAAUAAGAAGGGAGCGGAAUAAACUGGCAGCAGCAAAAUGUCGCAAUCGCCGUCGGGAGCUGACAGACACACUUCAAAAUGAGACUGACCAGCUGGAGGAAGAAAAGUCCCGUUUACAGAAGGAAAUAGAUGAAUUACAAAAGGAGAAAGACAAGCUUGAGCUGGUCCUUGAGGCUCACCGUCCCAUUUGUAAAAUAGAGGACUCUGAUUCAGAUUCUGACCCAAAUCCAUCAUCCUCUUUUGGAGGCAUCAAACUGGAACCAGAAGACUCUAGGAGACCUGGACCCUCAACCAAACUGCAAGCAAAGACGGAGAGGCCCAAACCGAAGAUAACGAUCCCCACCAAGCGUGUGACAUCGGCUGCCUCUGCUGUUGCCACUGAAUCCGAAUCGCUCCACACCCCGGUUCUCACAUCUACUCCCUCUUUCACGUCCUUCACCGCUGGCAUGGUUUUCACCUAUCCCUCUGCCCCGUUAGACACCAGCGCCUCCAUCACAUCCCAUGCUACAUCACAUCAGGGAAACGUCCCGCAGUCUCAUGCCCCAGAGCCCUGUGGGAUAGCUCAUCGCCGCAGCAGCAGCAGUGGUGACCAAUCGGAUCACUCCCUGCACUCACCAACCAUCCUCACUCUAUGAUUGGCGACCCUGUCAUCCUGGCAAAACACUAAGGUUCAUUUCGACGCAGGAUCUCUGGGAAACAUGGCGGAAACGAAAAUGAUGAUUGUGACAACCAUUUUAAAAUGAGCUACUUGCAGCUGCUACACUUCAUCAAUUUAGAAAGUUGAUUCUGAACUUGCAAAUGACAUGCAAAUUAGUGGCAUUAUCAGGACAUAAAUGUUACACUCUUAACUUUUGAUAUAAAUAUAAAGUCUUUAUAUUUCUAAUGUUAAAAGCGAUCAGGUAGAAUGAUUGCAUGCACAAUAUAUUCUCUAAAGAAUUAUAAAAGCUAGAAUUAUAAAAAUAACUGUGAUAACUCCACCUAAUAUAUUAAUAGUGAUAGUAUAAUGUUGCACUUAAUGACUUGUUACAUUAUUACGUCAUGUAACGCAACACUUUAUAAAUGUCCUCACCAAGGGAAGUAGAGUAUUUACAAAUAAAUGGUCCUUAUUUUUUAUUGGAUCUUUUAAGAAUCCUAAUAUUGUCUAUGCAAAUUAUUGACCACUAAGGCUGGGCCGUAGGCGUUAAUAUAGAUUAUAUAAUCAUGUAUUUAUUUCUGAGAGUGUAAUAUAUUUUUGGUAAUGUUUUCUCAGACAAAUGAACUGUUUUGUUGGGCAGUGCCUUACUUUUAUCUUUUGUCAAAGCUGUACUACUUCACAGACAAUAAAGAACUAUGGUUCA